CAAUGGGCUUAUUGUAAACUUUCGCUACAUGAAGACUGGUUCAACGCGUAAAUCCAUUCGUAUUAAAUUGUUGUAAUUUUCCAAUAGAAAGUUGUACUUAGUUGUUUCUGAUAAUUUGAAGUUAUUAAAUUAAAAUGAGUUUCAAGUUCGCUUUUGCGCUUUUAACUAUAACUACUUUAUUAACGUCAUUUUGCACUGGGUCCGAAAAAAUAGAUGAAACUGCCAAAACUGGUGAAAUUCGAAUUUUUAAACGUCUUAUUCCAGCGGAUGUUUUAAGAGAUUUUCCGGCAAUGUGCUUUGCCUCCACUCGCUGUGCUACUGUUGAGCCUGGAAAGUCCUGGGACUUGACUCCUUUCUGCGGUCGCUCUACUUGCGUGCAAAAUGAGGAAAAGGAAUCGAAGCUUUUGGAACUCGUAGAAGACUGUGGCCCAUUGCCCUUGGCGAACGACAAAUGCAAACUGGACACUGAUAAAACAAAUAAAACUGCUCCGUUUCCCUACUGCUGCCCCAUCUUCACUUGUGAGCCUGGAGUUAAUUUGGAAUAUCCCGAGAUUGGAAAGGACAAUGAGAAAAAGAAUGAUUGAUUAACAUUACAGAGCUGUACCACAAUUUUUUAAUUACAUGUGUUGCUUUAGUCAAAUCAAAA